AUGGUCGUAACAAAUGCAGCAAAUCCCGAACCAUUGAAUCGAAUAAUCGCCAGAGGAAACAGAUCCGACGAUCCAGAUUACGUCCCAGAAGACUCAGACUAUUUCGACAACGAAGAUCAAAGGCCAAAGCAAAACCCAACCAACGAUGAUCACCAUCGUGCAAUGGAGGAUCUUCGUGCCGAAAUGAUGUCGGAGAUCAAGAAACUAAAAGCCAGGCAAGGAGGGGGAAGCCUAGAAGAGGACGAUGCAGUCCUCUGCAGGUAUUUUCCUUCAAGUCUAAAGAGAUCAGCACUAUCUUGGUUCGACAACCUACCGCCCAAAUCCAUCAACUCAUAUGGCCAGCUCACUGAGAAGUUCUUUGAAACCUACAUGUACAACAAGGUUGUCAACGUAGUAAUGAAUAAGCUCUUCUCGCUGGCAACCGCUUACAAAGAGACAAUCAGGGAGUAUACCGACAGAUGGCACAGGAUUUUUCAAGCCAUAGGAAAUGUAGAUCUAGUGGUCAGCAUCAACUGUUACAAGUGGGGACUGGAUAGAAUGAUCCCGUUAUUUGUGGAGAUCCAUGGAAGUGUCCGUAAGAAAAAAGGAGACCUUCGAGUAAUCAUUGAAAAGCACGCCAGUCUAGAAGAGAUCCAGCGGGAAAACCCUAGGGCCCAAGCUCAAAGAUCUCAUCGAACUAACUACGUAGAACAAACCAACAGAUCAAAGAGGGGCGGUUCAGCUGAACGUCCUAAUGAUGAUAAAAGAGGAAGAAGGGAUGAUCGACGACGUGACGAUCGGAAAUUCGAAGAUCAACUCUUCACGAAGUUGAACACAAACUACGCCCGCAUCCUCAGGGAGAUCAAAGGCAGGGAAAACCUUGAGUGGCCAUGGUCCAAAGGGAAGCAUCCCCCCAAAUCCGAAAAAUCAAGAGAUUACUACGAAUAUCACUGUUUCAACGGCCACCGAACCGAGAAGUGCAAGAAUCUCAAGAUAAUGAUCCAAAAGUUAAUUGACGCAGGUGACCUAAAGCAGUACAUACAGAAGGAAGAAAACGAAGAUAGGACCAAGCGCAGUAAGAAAGUUCAAAUUCCAGAGGGAAACAUAACAGUUAACACCAUCUCAUGUUCCGAAGCUACAGGAACCUCGCUAACGUCACAAAUAUGGAAAAUGUUAAGGAAACAAUUCGAAGACUACUGGUGCAAUAUCAAGAAGAUCCUCAUUGAUGGAGGGAGUUCAGUUAAUGUUCUAUUCUACUACACAUUCAAACGAAUGGAGCUUAACGAUGAACAACUGAUGUCUUUGUAUUAUACCAUCUACGGAUUCAAUGGGGCACCUACAAAGCCAUUAGGAGAUAUUGUUUUAAAAGUGGAUGCAGGACCAAUAAAAGUGGAUACUUGA